AUUACUUCUGGAGAAGCUGCUUGCCUGAGCCCUAACUGAAGAUCAUUGCUAUAACUGAAAAAUAAAAUCGCCAUCAUGAAGCACUUCCUCAGAAUGCUUGUCCAGGUAUACCUGUACUUCUAUUGCAAAUGCUUAUGGCGCUGCCUGAAAUUUGUGGCGCGGAAACUGACCGGACGCUGUGAACUGCAAAGGAUCUGCUAUAAUAUCAAGCCUGGAGCCGAAAGAACCUUGAAAAUUGAGACAUCAUUGAGGAAUUCAAAAAACAAGUUGCUCCAAAAUUCCAUUAGUGUUCAUCCAGAUGCAAUUGAAAAAACGGUAGAUGCCAUCAUAGACUUGAAAAAGAUUAACCCAGAUGUAAAUCCACAGUAAGUUUUAAAUAAGGGGCAUUGAGGGAGAGAAUGUUUCAGCUCUUUGAUUUCUUUUAAAGUUGAUUUUCCCACACAUUUCCCAAUACAG